AUGAACCACGUGUGGGCAGUGACGUGCCGAAGCACUGAAGGUGUAAAGAAACUUUUAGCUGAUCCGCAAUUGACUGUGAAAGGCCUCAAAUGCAUGAUAAUCGACCCAAGCCACCGCGACGUCCGUCUGAAGCUGCAUUGGUUGCUCUACCACGUACGAGAAGAGGACGUACGAAAUGCACUGACCCCAUACGGGACGGUGCUUGACGUAGGAAUGGAUAAGUGGCGAAUUGACGGCUACACCCAGCAGAAUACCAUGACGAGAACCGUGACGCUACGGCUAAAGGCUAACGUUACGCUGGACGAUAUACCUCACCAGUUACGAGUUGGAGGAGAGCUCGCACUUAUUGUGGCAACCGGAAGAGCGCCGCGGUGUUUGCGCUGCCAGCAGAUUGGCCACAUUAGGAGGGACUGUCGAGUCCCGCGGUGUGACACUUGCAAGCGGUUUGGACACGCCCUUGGGAACUGCACGAAGACGUAUGCAGCUGCUGCACUGAACACCGGGAGCAUGGAUAAAUCCGAGCUCACUAUGGAAGAGACCGAAGCAGAAGAAUCGGUGAAAUCGAAAGCGGCUUGUGAAGGAAAAACACCUAGUGCAGCAGGCAUGACGCGAUUGCAGAAAAAACCGCCAAGGUCAACUGACAGUGGGGGAGUGCAACCUAUCGCGGAUGCAUUGACGAAAUCACAGGUGACUUCUGCGGAAAAAACAUUCAGUACAGGAGGCGUGAUGGAUGUGAAAGAAGCAGGACAAACAAGUGAACCAGCGUGUUUGCAAGCGGCCGCAGAAUCACUGACGAGCGCAAAAGAGACUGAUGUUUUAAACGACGCAACCGCUGCUACAGACGAGAGUGAAACAUCUACUCAAACUGUCCAGGAACCUGCCGAGGGUGGUGCCAUGGAGUGGCACGACGCCGAGGAACCAGGUACGGGAGGAACCAGGUACGGGAAACGACCACGAGACACAACCUCAACAGAAUCAAGUGACAUGAGCAAUCAAGAACCGCCACCGAAAGCAGCUCUCCUUCGGAGGCAACGACUGGCGGUCAAACAUAAUAUAACAGAAGGGGAAAAGAGGACGGGAAAACCGGCCUCUUGA